AUGAUCAAUAUCGAUAAUUUCUUGUCGACUUUGGAAAAAGCAAUUGCUCAGAACGAUUUCGUGAUUAUUGAGGGAAAUAUGAUCUUGCAAAUUGAAAGUUUGCAAAAACUUAUACACCGUGCUGUAUUUGUAACACUAAGACGUGGUAUAUGCGAAGAAAGGCGAGCAACACGAAAUUACAAUCCGCCGGAUCUCCCAGGGUAUGUGGAUGAAGUUGUUUGGCCAGCCUAUAAAAGUCAUCUUGCCUGUGCUCAGAAACUUGCCCGUCGCUCAGCGCUGAUUGCCUUCACAGAUGGAAAUGUUCAAAAUUUUUUGAAUGAAUCGGAAGUGAAAGAGAGUUUUUUCCCUUUUUCAGGCACAGUACGAGAUAAUUGCGACGACAAGCAAGUAGUUUGUUUAGAAUAUGAAUCUUAUGAUGAAAUGGCAUAUAAAGAACUGGAUAGGCUGUGCACUGAACUGCGGAAGUAUUAUCCGGAAAUUGAUCGAAUCGCGAUCUUCCAUAGAGUCGGUUCAGUUCCUGUUGCUGAAACAUCAGUAAUUGUGGCCGUUAGUGCACCGCAUCGACAUAGCGCUAUUCGAGCAACUGAACAAGCUAUUGAUUAUUUGAAAAAAAGAGUACCAUUGUGGAAAAAGGUAGACUUUUUUUGUUUAAAAGUUAUUUCAGUUCCUGUUGCUGAAACAUCAGUAAUUGUAGCCGUAAGUGCACCGCAUCGACAUAGCGCUAUUCGAGCAACUGAACAAGCCAUUGAUUACUUGAAAAAAAGAGUACCAUUGUGGAAAAAGGUGGACUUUUUUUUGUUUAAAAGUUAUGUUUUUCUGUUCAGAAUUUGCAAUUUAGCUUAUUUCACAUUAAAAAAAAUAAAAAAAAAAGUAUAA